AUGUCUCAUUACGUGAAAGCCACCAAGAAGACGUUCAGUAAAAACGCACAAGACUGCCUGGUGCGACCACUGAUCAAGCAGAGAGAAACGGGCGAGCUCUGUGAUAUAGUUCUCAAGCUGAAUGGACGUUGCUAUAGCGCCCACCGAGCCAUACUGGCUUUGUGGAGUCCAUAUUUCCAUUCCAUGUUCACCUGUGAUAUGAAGGAGAAGAAUGUUAGCGAGCUCGACCUGUCGGCAUCCCUCAUCUUGGAACAGGAUGCAGUGUUUGGCACUAUCUUGGACUACAUGUACACUGGCUCACUGCCGCUGACAGCUGAUUCUGUGACAGAUGUGGUGAAGAUUUCUGACUUCCUUCUCCUGGACGAUGUCAGAGACUACUGUCAGCAAUUUCUGUUGAGCCUUGGCAACCUUGACCUUUCCAACUGUCUUCGUGUCCGUUUUCUGGCAGAAGAUCAUAAUUUACCAGAAGUGGCAGCUGCAGCUAAAAGCAUCAUUGAAUCUCGUUUCCAUGACUACUUGAUACAACAUGAUGAUAUUCUAGAGCUGCCCUGGGAUUGGUUGAAGAAACUUGUGGAGGAUCCUUGUGUUGUCCAGCAUACAGGUUACCAGGAGCUCCGUAGGCUGGCAAGGAGAUGGAUCGAUCACGACAAGUGUUUCAGAACUGCUUACCAUCAGCAUCUGAUGACAGUCAUCAAUGCUUGCGUUUCUGAUUAUGCAAAUGAGGCUUCCUAUUUAGGCAGAGAACUGAGGAGUUCCUUGGAGGGCAAGGAUUUGAGAAAUUCUUUGGAGGGCAGCAGCUGGAGAAGUUCCGACCACACCACAUCGGUAACUACUGGUGCCGCAGACACAGCAUCAAGCACAGGGGAACUCCUGGCAGGUGUGAAAGCUCAGGCAGGCUUGCAUGAGACAUCACAGAUAUUAUUCACUGUCGUUUGCAACCAAGGAUUAAAAUUUCUCAAACUGUUUCUCUACAGUCUGGACGAGCAGGUGUGGCUUCACUUCCCAGUGUCGGGAGAGCGUCUGCUCAAAUAUGUGCCCAUGAGGCAGACGGUGUGCAACAUGCUGGCUCAUGAAGGCAAGCUGUAUAUGUACUUGUGUUCUUCCUUCCCGUACCCAACAGACAUGCUGAAAAUUAAUAUACUGACCAUCGACCUGCUGACGGGACAGCCAGCACUGUUCUCCUUUCGGACCAUGGACUACUACAAACCCACCUACAGAACCACUCUGACCAACUUCCGCACUGCCCCACCAGCCAUGGUCAUGUGCAGUGGUCAGCUGUUUGUGGUGGGCAAUAAGGAAGGGGCCGGUCACUUGUUUGCCUGCAACCUGGCCAACAACCAGUACGCCUGCUAUCAGAUACCCGGCUCUCGCUUCAUCAGUUUAGCCAGAUGUGUGGUUAGAAAUGACCGACAGAUUUUUAUUUGGUACAGACACAGGACCGGCCCGUCAGAGGAAUUCUCUAUCCGAAAGUCUGUUGGCUUUGUCUUGUUUGAUGCCAAAAUGAAAAUCUUCAGCUCCUGGGAACUGACGCCUCCUGAUAUCUGCUACGAUGAUUUUGCCAAGUGUUAUGCCAUGUGUGUACGCGACGACACAGUGCAUAUUUAUCAGCCUGGUGAGCCAGCCAUCGUUCUAGAUGAAAUCAGAGCGAAGUGGGUCACAUCUCUGCGUCGCAUUCCAACCCCAGGCUCAGGCUACAGCAGAGAUGUCCAAGCCUACGGCUAUCAGAUAGCCAUUCCCGCCCAGGAAGGUGUCCUGGUGCUCAACAACUGGCAGCCUUACACCACCUCAUUACACCAAGUCUCAGAAAAGUUCCCCUGCGCCAUGGCUCACAUUCCACCACCCAUUGACAAUAUUUCUGUGGCUGCUCUAGCAGAACUACCUCGGCGUGCGCUGGGCACACUUCAGCGCUGUACCAGCUAUGAUGAAGCUUAUGCCAGUGCUCUCCAUGUUGCUAUGCAGUAUUCUGAUGGUGAUACUGAUGACAGUGCCGGAUCAGUUCUGGAGGAAGCUAGUUCUGACAACGAUGAGUAUGAAUAUGAUGAAGAUAUUUAUGAAUAUGAUUAUGAAAUAGAGGGUUACGAAGUCUAA